GAGUCUGCGGACUGCAAGCGCGAUGGUCGCAAAAUCUGGUGCCGAAGCUGCGUGGCCGCGGACAAGAUGCUCCGACGCCACAUGGGUGGUUGGCCCACAGUUUCGGACGGAGAAAAGAAAGACUUCUUCAGCAAAGCCCUGCAGGCCAAAGACCCAAACGGUCGCGUCACCUGGACAUGCCUGCGGGGCGUGCUCAAGGAGUGCAUGGCCAAGCGCGCAAUGAUGCGCACGUCCGUGGACAUCACAGCGCCCUUCAAGCCCAUGGCGUACUGGACGUCUCAAGGGUACACUGAGGAAAGAGUCCGCGGUUGUCCCUGUGAGGAGGACCCGCAAUUGGGCACAUUGUACCAAGUGCACACGAAGACUAUCUCCAGGGCCAAGAUCGAGGAGGAGGUCGAAGAAGAACUGCUCAUGCGUGAGCAGGCAGCAAACCAGAAGAAGAGCCAGAAAUCUACUGCGUCUGCGGACACAUGGCACGUGCCGGAGGCAAGUGCGGGCGAAAGCAAAGGGAAGAGCGCCGCAGCGGAGCAGCGGGCAUUGGAGCGCUCGCAGGCCAAGCGCGAGCGGGAGAAUGCCGCAGCAUCUGCUUUGGCGGGCAAAGCAGUUGCUCUGCUACAGCCCAAAGUGCAGCAGGCGCAAAAGCUGCUGGAUAGCCACAGUUCCAAGCUGCCCCGUGAAAAUGUGGCAGAGUUGGAGGUCGCCGUCAAAGAACAAGGGGAGUGGCUCGCAGCAGCGCGCGCGACGGUGGCUGCAUUCGGCCGGGAUCCUGCGGGGGCCCUGGUGCCCCUGCCAUUCGACGCCAACGGUCUGAAGAGCGCCGUGACCGCAGGGACCAGUAUGUUGAAGUCGGCGCGCCUGCAGCUGCCGAAGAAAGAAACGAAAGAGCGAAAGAGCAAGGCUGCGCCGCAGCCGCAGAGCGCAGCCGAGCCAUCCAAGCGGCGACGCGCGGGGAAGCAAAAGGAGACCUGA